AUGUAGUGGCUAGUGCGGCGUUAGCGGCUAUGGAGAGGGGGCGGUGCGCGCUGUACGCCGCAAGGCGCCGUGGCCUAGCCAACGCUGCCACAGCACCACUGCCGCAACAACCUCUACAGCAGGGCCAGUUACCGCAACAGCAGCCGCAGCAGCAGCCGCAGCAGCAGCUGCAGCAGCAGCAGCAACAACAGGCUCAAAUACAGACGGACACCCAACAAGCGAUUGACACGGCAGUGAUCGACUUGUGGGGUCGCUUAAAAACAUUCACAGCACUGGGAGUGCCGCGGAAGGGCUGGGAUCAAACCAUCACGGACAGUGACGAGGACUAAGCACGGUUCCACAGGUACAAGAAGGUCGGCUAGAGAGGGUCAGGCUUUCUGUUUCAUUUUUUAUGUUUGUGGUUGGGGGGCUUUCGCCAAGGCCAGCGAUGCAGGGUGUGGUUUCCGCCAGAGAGCGGCCCCUGCUGGUCCUUUUGAGGGGGCUUGGUUAGCUUGCUUUAUGCGCGUUAAGGGGGGUUUCACAUGUGACAACCCGGUUUCGGUGAAUCCACCUGGCUUCGGCGAAGCCAGGGGCGAAUCCGAUUCACAUGCGGCUGCCUCGAAUCCACCUUGGUUGGGCGCCAAUCCAGCUCUGGAAGGGCCGAAUUAUGUCUCCGCAUACAAUCCCAGCGCUCCCAUACUCUUAUUUUACACGCAUAGUGAGUUCCCGAUGCGUGACUCGCCCGCAACCGCGACAUGCCGAGUCCACCUCGCUCCAUACACCGCCCCCGAACAUUCUGUAUGGCACAUAUAGUGCUUUGAAGCGUUUUUGUUGCAUAGUUGCUGCGACCACGGUGUAAUCCUCGUGCAGGAGCUAGGAAAGCCCAACAUGUCGAAACAUGCGAGGCGUGCGCGCUCAUGGAGGAUGCUUUAGCCCCGCUCCCACCUACAAUAUAAUAGUAUGAAGAUCAUAACCAUUUUGAUGGAGGCUGUCGCAACUAUAAGCGCACUCUGCUCCACGGCACACAGCAAUGCUCGUCGCCGCGAGGGUUUCGGCGUCCAAGUGGUUGAUAUCACAUGAUUGGAGUAAGAAAAUAGUAUAGAAAAUUUCAGACGUCUCGAAACUAAGUAUGUGUGUUGGGCGAAUCCGGGCUGCGGACCCGGAUUCGCGAGCUGGCUUCGGGGGUGGUUUCGACCUGGUUUCGGGGGUGGUUUCGACCUGGUUUCGACCUGGUUUCGACCCGAAGCUAGCUUCGCAUGUCACAUGUGAAACCCCCCUAAGCGCCUUGCUUUCCCUCUGUUGUGGCCAGGGGUGUUGUUUGUGGCGGGGCGGCCUUGUGUGUGUUUCUGGCCUUGGCGGGCGGUGUUUUCCUGGCAUGUGUUUUGGUCUGGUGUGUACGUGUGGUGUGGUGUGAAGGAGGCAGUUGUGUCUGCCCCUCUGAGGCUCCGCCCUAGUGCUUUCUUUUGGUGGAGAAGGCGUGAGCCUUGUGUCUCCGUGUCUCUUUUGUCUUGACCAGGACUGGGGCCUUAUCCCCUGCUGUGUCGGGCGUGCCUAGGGGUGAGCGUGUGGAACUCGCUCACCCAACACUAGGGCUUGUCAGCCCUAGUCAUCAGUGGCUUCGCCACUACCAAGUGUAAUUAUUCUCUCCC